AUGGUGGCGUCGGUCCGAUGUCCGAGCGCAGAUCCAGAGGUGAUGGCCACAACUGACCGAGCCGGGUGCCUCAAGGAAACGAACCUCCAGGAGCUCUCCGCGGCGGAGCACGCGAGCAUCGGCGCGCUGGUGGGCUCUUUGGAGAUGGCCAUCAUGCGCCCGGCGGUAUUCUGGAAGACGGAGCUACAGCAACAGAGAUUUAGCCUCAUGAGGGCGGUGAACCCCAGCUACUGCUAUCGCGGGCUGCCGCUGGCUAUUGCUUCCAUAGCUCCAAUCACUUGCAUCCAGUUUGGAGCCAACAGCGCCUUCAGCACUGCCUUGAAGGAGCUGAGAGGGUCCUCCCAACUGUCGGAGGGAGACAAGAUCCUGGCCGCGGUGACGGCGGGAGCGGCAUCUGCCCUGGUGCAGUGCCCUUGUCAGCUGGUCGAGGUGAACCAAUCGAAUCAUGGCUCCUCCAUGCUGUCGACUGCCAGGCGGGUCGUGUCGAUGCAUGGCAUCCUCGGGCUGUACCGGGGGUACACCAUGGGGGCUACCCGGGAAGGAAUCUUCUGCAGCUCGUACAUGGCGAUAAAUCCCAUGACGAAGCGCUGGCUCCAGAAGAAUCAUCCGGAGCUCUCGGACACUGCGGCGACGCUAUGUUCAUCGGCCGUGUCUGGCACACUUGGCGCGGCCAUGUCGCACCCGGCCGACACGCUGAAGACGCGGCUCCAAGCGGGAGCGUUGCCGCUGCGCCCCGGCGAGGCUCCGGAGGCCAGCCACAUCCGUGGCCCCAUCGCGGCCCUGAAGGACCUGCAGCAGCGCGGGCACCUCCUGCAGAAAUGCUACGCAGGCUUCUCGCCGCGGCUCUUCCGCUUGAUUUGCUGCACCUAUAUCUAUAGCACCAUGACGGAACGUCUGGAGGACCUUUGGCGCAUGGCUUCGGUGGACUUCACCAUGACACCGCUGCCGCUGGCGUAG